CACAUACACACAGAGAGAGAACAGGAAAUAAAAGUGAGCAGAUGUACAGAAGGUGAGAGAGAGGAAGAAGUUCUCUCUGACUUCUCUCUCGUGUGAAUGUGUGUAUUUCUUCCAGCAUUAAACACACACACACACGAUUGUGUGAGUUAGUGUGUUUGUGAAGAUGGAUGCACUGGACAUCUCCACGCGAAACCCACAGGAUGACUUUGAGAUUUUACUGCGAGUUGGUGGAGGCACGUACGGAGAAGUUUAUAAGGCACGUAAUAAACAGAAUGGAGAACUGGCAGCCAUUAAAAUAAUCAAACUGGAGCCUGAAGAUGAUUUCUCAGUCAUCCAGCAGGAGAUUGUGAUGGUGCGCAGUUGUAAGCACAGGAACAUUGUGGCGUAUUAUGGCAGUUAUAUCAGGGUUAAUAAACUGUGGAUCUGUAUGGAAUACUGUGGUGGAGGAUCUUUGCAGGACAUUUACCACGUGACCGGACCGCUCACAGAACAUCAGAUCGCUUAUGUGUGUCGAGAGAUGCUGCAGGGUCUUGAUUAUUUACAUGAACAGAAGAAGAUCCACAGGGAUAUUAAGGGUGCAAAUAUUCUUCUGAACGAUCACGGCGAAGUCAAACUGGCGGACUUUGGUAUCUCAGCACAGAUCACAGCCACUUUUGCCCGCCGCAUGUCCUUCAUUGGCACUCCAUACUGGAUGGCACCGGAGGUGGCGGCUGUGGAGAUUAAAGGAGGUUAUAAUGAACUCUGUGACAUCUGGUCUGUGGGAAUUACAGCAAUAGAGCUCGCUGAACUACAACCACCGCUGUUUGAUGUCCAUCCUCUCAGAGUUUUGUUUCUCAUGUCCAAGAGCGGCUACCAGCCUCCCAAACUCAAAGACAAGUCUAAAUGGUCCAGCACUUUCUACAACUUUGUCAAGUCCAUGUUGAUCAGAAAUCCAAAGAAGAGACCCAGUGCUAAAAAGAUGCUAACGCAUUUUUUUGUGACUCAACCGUGUUUGAGUCAGGAUUUAACCAUCGAGCUGCUGGACAAACUCAGACAUCCAGAGAAACUCAAAGACUGUUUACACACAGAUGAAGAUGAUGGGGAGGUUGUUGUAAGUUCCCUCAGAAGAAUUCACUCAAUGAACCGACACAACCAGGCAGAGAGAACAAACUCAGACAUCUGCUUGGAUCAAAUUUACACACAAAGACCCGUGGCCAGCAAACGAGACUCUUCACACAGAAUGUUACAACGGUCAUGUGAUCAAAACACUGCUGCCAAUAAAGAGCCAAUCAGACAUGAGAGUUUGGACACGGAUGAUGACGAUGAUUAUGAUGAUGUGGAUAUACCUGCCGCUCACUUCAUGAGCAACACACUGCAGUUCAGUGAUGUUCCUCCUCCUCUUCCUCCAAAACCAAAGAUUGGCACAAGUUCAGAGGAGACUGUGACGGCAGAAGAUGAGGAGAGUAAAUUUCUUGGUGUCUGUGGUGCGACACCUUUAUUGAGGACCUCCAGUGGAACACACACACACACUCGACCCGUCCCACGACCACGCUCGGUACGCAACGUCAACUCAGACCCGUCAUCAUUCUCCAGUUUUUGCGCUGACGCUCCAGCGGCCCCGCAGCCUCCUGAACUGCCGCCCAAGAAGGACAGAAGACGCAGACGAGCUCCACACGUGCCUCAGGAUGCGGUGGAGUGUUUCAGUCCAGUGGUCAGGAAACGGCCGAUCGUCUUCAGGAAGGUUUUUCACGGGUGUCCGUUGAAGAUCAACUGCUCCACUCCGUGGGAACAUCCCAUCAGCAGAGAGAACCAUCUGAUUUUGGGGGCAGAUGAGGGAAUCUACACACUAAACCUCAACAGCUCAGAGACCACCAUGGAGCAGCUCUUUCCAGGCAAGUGUGUGUGGAUUUACACCAUCGGUAAUGUUUUAAUGUCGGUCUCAGUGUGUGUGUUUUGUCACCACAGGAAGUUUGUGAUCAGCUCAAAGAUUCCUGACACAAAAGGUUGCAGACGGUGUUCAGUGGCUCAUAACGCUCACAACGGUUGUGUGUUUCUGUGUUGUGCGCUGGAGUCUGGUGUGGUUCUGCUUCAGUGGUACGAGCCCAUGCACAAGUUCAUGCUCAUAAAGCAAUUUGAUUUCCCGUUGCCGUCGCCGCUGCGUGUGUUUGAGAUGCUGGCGGUACCUGAUCAGGAAUAUCCACAUGUGUUCAUCCGAGCGAGCAGAGGAGCCGCUCCAACACAACCUGUUCAGCUGGGAUCCAUCGAUCUCAACUCAAACACAUCCUGGUUCGCUGAUACGGGACUCGAGAGCCGCAGCGCCGAGAGGGUUCAGUUGAAUCAGCUGGAGAGCGACACACUUCUGGUUUUGAUUGACAACUCGCUUCACACGCUCAGUUUGGACGGAUCAGUGAAGAACUUCAAACAGCAGCCGACAGACGUCACCUUUAACAUGGACAUCGACGCUGUGGUGCAUUGUGACGACACGUUGAUCGCCUUCUGGAAACACGGCUGGCAGAGGAGAGGACCGGGAUUCACUGACAUAUUGCAGGAGAUCACGGACCCCAAAAACACCUUCCGCCUGCUGGGACACGACAGGUCUGUUGUCAUGGAGAAGCGAGCGUGUGAUGACCAAUCAGGACUGUGUAAUCUGUACGUCAUGGAGACGGUUGAUGAGCGCGUCCUGUGAAAACGACAAACAAACGUAUGAAUGUUUCAAAUGUCUUUUUCCUUCUCUAGUGUUAAAUAAAACAUCAGUCCAGCUGUGACAACACA